AUGGGAACAUUGGGUAAUAGAGUUUUGGUGUUGUUUGAUUCAGGAGCUACACAAUCCUUCAUAUCCCACGAGUGCGUGAAGAAACUGGGAUUGUCGACUCAUGAUCUCGGAUGCGAGUUAAUAGUCUUGAUACCAACAUUUGGACAUGUUUCAACCAAUUUUGCCUGUGUUGGAUGCUUGCUGGAAGUAGAGGGUCGAAGAUUCAAGACACAAGGGGAAGAGUUGAUAUCGUCACAAGAGGCAAUGAGGGAGAUGAAAGGAGAAGCUACUUGUUUUGUGAUAGUGGCUCAAGUUGAAAAGAAAAGCACAAAAGAGCACAUUAGAAGAAUACCAGUAGUGGAUGAAUAUGUUGACGUGUUUCUAGAUGAGAUAACCAAGUUAUCACCCGGCAGGGACAUAGAUUUCUCUAUUGAUCUAGUCCUCGGAGUGGGUCUAGUUGUUAGGAACCCCGUAUAG